UGCAAAUUCUUUCUUAACUUUUCAUUAUUUUUUUUAAUUGGUUAAGAUGAAAGAUGAGGAGACUUUGGAAGAAUUGAUUCGUUUUAAAGAGGCACUUGAACGAUCAGAAAAUGGAUCAGAUUCAAGCUCAUCAGUUAAUAUUUAUAUGGGAAAUAGAGGGUGUAAGUUAAAACGCAAGGCUCGAUAUGCUUAUCGUGGAAAACUUGGUGUUCCAUCUAGUAUUAUUACAGAUCGUAAGAAGGUAUAUUAUGGAUUAAAGGGACGUACAGUGAUUCAGAGGAAAAAACAUCAUCGAGAUAGAUCAAUUGAUACGGAUACAGAAAUGUCUACACAUUCGGAUGAUCCGUAUCAUGAUAUAGAUAUUGAUGAAUUAUUGGCACCGAUUUCUCAUCCAGCGGAAUUUUUACGACAUCGAUCAUGUAGAAAAUCGUUACAAUCAUGUUUAGAAAGUUUAGCAAGACAAUUAUUAGAUACGAUUUCUGAGGAACGUACAUAUAAUAUAUUAUUAUCUAAAUUUCUUUUUAUUCUUCUUGGAGAUGAUACAUCUAUUAAUAUGGCAUCACAUUUAAAUUUUCAAGAAACUAAAGAAAUAGCCGAAUUUUCCAAGGAUCAGACCAUGAAUAAAACAUUAUCUUUAGAAACGGAUAUUUCUCAACCAAUUCCAUGUCAAUUGCCUUCAUUUAUAGAAUUUCCCUCUAAUAUGAAUGAUACUUAUUUAUGGUGUCAUCAAAUGGGUUUAUCUGAGAAUGAUAUAAAUGAUUUACGUAAAUUACUUCAAUCUGCAUUAGAUCGAAGCAUGGAAUAUCUAAGAUGUUUAAUGCAAGUACGAAAUGGAAUUAUUCGUGCUCAACGACUUAUGAAAAAAGUUUAUGAAUGGUGUGUUGAAGCUUCUAAAAGAGAAUCAUAAUAAAUAUUAUAAAAUAAUUUUUAUUUUACUGGACUUUUAUUUCACU